CGACAAGAGGCAAGGGGUUCUUCGCUGUGGUAGGUCACGGCGGCGGUGGUGGGAGGAGGCGGGAUUGGCGCGCCGGGUGAGCGCUGGUGGGCGGCGCGGGAUACGGCAAGCGCCUACACGUCGGCGUGGCGCUCCUCACUCAACUGUGGCGUCUGGCCGUGCCUGUACUCUCCUCCCAUUCUCAUGCUCUCUUGAGCUCAGCUGGUCUGUUAAUCCAUCAUGUCCCAACGACACAGGACCAACCUCCGCGACCGUUCUACGCUUCUCGGCACCCCGGAUUAUACCACCCCGCCCUCGUCUGGCCGCUCUUCACCUUAUGCAGUAGGGCGAGAGGUCCCGUUUCAGGCGCAGGGGCAGCGUUACGCGGAUGACUUGGAGGGCCAGAAUGACGAGCACCUAGAGGGACUCACGGCGAAGGUCAAGCUGCUCAAGGAUAUUACUAUUGGAAUUGGAAACGAGGUUCGCGACUCGACCAUCCAGCUCAGCCAGAUGAACGACGCGUUCGCGGAGACGUCCGGCAUCCUCUCGGGGACCUUCCGCCGCAUGAACAACAUGGCGUCGCGGCAGGGCUGCCGCUGGCUCUGGUACAUCGUCUUCCUCAUCAUCGUCUUCUGGUUCUUCAUCAUUGUAUGGUGGUUUCGGAGAUAGUACGCCCCUCUCACGCUUUCCCAUCC